AUUUAUCAAGGAACAAUUAAGAUAAACAUUUAAUUAUCAUUUGUCUUUAAAAAAUCACAAAUGAUAUUUGAAUAUUAUCACAGUAAUUUUCCCGUUAGCAAAAGUUUAUUGACAAAAAAGAACAGAGAAUAAUAAAUGAAAAAUGCUCCUUUAACAAUGUUUUUUUUUUUUUUUUUAAAUAAACUUAUAUUCGCGAGUUAUCAACUCGUCAGGUUGUUAUAAUUACCGGUGAAAUUUAAAAAUAAAUGAAAAAAAAAUAAAAUAAAAUAAAACUCAGAAUUAUUAAAACUGUGUUUGUGUAUAUGUUUUUUUUAAAUAUGUACAAUAUUUAAAUUCAUUAAAAAUGUUUUUAAAAAAAUUAUUACCCGUUAUUGAAAGGGGAUUACAUUCCACAAAAGUGUUAUUAGAAGCGGCGAUAAUUGAUGGAAACAGUAUUGCAAAGCAAAUAGAAAAAGAAAUUAGCACAUCAGUUGAGUCAUGGGUGAAAAGUGGAAAAAGACGACCAAAAUUAGUGGCAAUAAUUGUUGGCGAUGAUCCUGCCAGUAAAGUUUAUGUAUCGAGAAAAAUUAAAGUGGCAAAAGCUGUUGGAAUUGAAGCAGAAACUCUAACUUUUGACAAAAAUAUUUCACAAAAAUUGCUAUUAAAUGCAAUUUAUAAUUUAAAUAAUGAUACCAAUGUGGAUGGAAUUUUGGUACAAUUACCAGUACCACCGUCAAUGGAUGAGAGAAAAAUUUGCGAAGCCGUAAUGCCAUCAAAAGAUGUCGAUGGUUUUCAUUCGGAAAAUAUGGGUAAACUUUGUGUCGACAGCGAUAGUAUUGUACCAGCCACUGCACUUGGCGUUAAGGAAUUAAUUGUUAGAUCAAGAUUUGAUACUUUUGGAAAAAAUGCCGUUGUUAUUGGUCGAUCAAAACACGUUGGUCUUCCAAUUGCCAUGCUUCUUCAUUCCGAUGGCAAAGGUGAGACGGGCGCUUUGGAUAUGACAACGACAAUUUGUCAUCGUUACACACCACCCGAGGAAUUAAAGAGACAUGUAAAAUUGGCUGAUGUGAUAGUUUCAGCGGCUGGUGUUCCCGGUCUUGUUACACAAGAUAUGAUAAAACCGGGAGCUUGUGUUAUUGAUGUUGGAAUAACGAGAGUCAAUACCGAAAAGGGACAAAAAUUAUUGGGCGAUGUUGAUUUUGAAAAUGUGAAAAAAAUCGCUGGUCACAUUACACCAGUGCCCGGUGGUGUUGGACCAAUGACAGUUGUCAUGCUAAUGAAAAACACUCUUAAAGCAGCAGAAAAAAAUCAAAUAAGCUAAUAUUUUUUCUAAUCGCGAAGAAUUCAAAAAUUAGUAUUUUUUCUCAUUUCCAUUAUUAUUAUUAUUAUUAUUUUUCUAAUUUUCGGAAUAAUUUAUAAAAAGAGAUUUUUAAGA